AUGGCUAUUUUUUCAUGUUGCACUGAAGUCCAGUUAGCAAAAGAUAACUAUCAUAUUAAAAAAUUUAAUGAAAAAAAAUUGAAUAAUGAUAAUAAAAUAAAAAAAGAAAAACUUAACAAUAAUGAUAUAAAAAAAAAAAUUAAUAAUGAAAAAGAAAGAAAAAUAGAUGACAAAGUAAAAGAUAAAACAUCUAACAAUUCUAAAAAUAAUAAAUUCAAACAGAAAAAAAGUGAAUUUAAAAAUAAGAAAAGAAAUUUUCCUAAAAAUCAAGAAAACAUGACUUCUGAAUCAGUGUUAGAACUAAAAGAUAAUCAAUGGAAUGUUUCUAAUUUCAAGAAUUCAGGAACUGUUAAGUUAAAUGAAGUUGAAUUAAACAAUGCUGUUAAUAUAUUUAACUCUGAAAAUACCACUUUUGUAAUAGAAAAUGAUAAAUUUAAAUCAUUACAGAUUCAAAAAUGUGUAAAAUGUAAUAUAGUUUUAAAUAAUUUAAUAUCUUCAAUUGAAAUUAUUGAUUCUAAAAAAAUAAAAGUUCAAGCUCUUGGAAAAUGUUCCUCUAUUACUAUAGAUAAAUGCGUAGGCGUAGAUAUUUAUUUAUCAAAGGAAAAUACUGAAACAGAAUUUACAACAGCAUUAUCAGCUGAGAUGAAUAUUCAUUUAGAAAAUGAGGAUAAUGAUUGGAAUGAAAUUACCAUUCCUGAACAAUUUCAACAUCAAUUAGAAAACGGAAAACUUAAUACAAGAGUCUCGGAUUUAUAUAAGUAUUAA